AAACAAGCCACCUCAGAAGAACCAUCUGAAGAUCUCACCUUUUAGAAUUCAGUUUGCUCUCUGCUUUUCACAUUGUCAACAUGAUGAACAGAAUUGUGCUUGGAGUCAUUGCAGUGAUUGGAUUCUUCACUCUAUCUGAAGCCCUGACAUGUAAUUCGUGCAAAGUGGGCGUUCUAGGCAAAUGUUUGUUAAGUUCCAAAGUGGAUUGCACCACCUCAAUGAACAACUGCUUCUCUGCAAAAGCAGAGUUCAAUGUGACUGGUUUUCUGAGCCUGUCCACGAGUGGCUGCACAUCUGAUUGCAACAACACCGUUGGAUCCAUCUUGGGUGCGGGAUACACAGUGACCAAAUCCUGCUGUACCACAGAUCUGUGCAAUGGAGCAAGUGCUGUCCAGCUGUCCAUGGCUGGGGCUCUCAGCACCGCCCUAUUGGCCUCCAUCUGGAGCAGUUACAUUCUGUAGAUGUAACACCUUGUCUGUACCACAUUAUGUUCACAAUAACUCCUUAAUCCAGAAUCAAUAGAAAUGUAAUCUAGAGUGCAUAGAUCCCAUAACUUUAUUUAACUUUAAUUGUUGUUGAACUCUGUUUACUUGUGAUGCAGUGAUAAUGUUCUUAUUAAUAUUUACAUACAGUGUAAAACAUUAAAUUUUCAACACUC